AUGGUAAGAAAAAUAGUAAACAAAGUCUUGGAAACCAGAAAAGAAGUAGUCAUCAACUGCAAGGAAAUGACAAAGGACGAACUGUUUGACAUAGAGGAGUGUGCAAACUUCAUCCAUACAAACCACAAGCUUUCAAGGCACUCCGGCGGUGCGCUUCCAGACGGCCCGCUGAGCAUAGACGCAGCCAAGUACGAGAACAAAAUAGCACUUGAUUUGGGCGUUGAAGUCAAAAGAUGCUACAUCAAGCAGCUGCUUAGAAAGUACUUGCACAGAAAAGGCCUCAGUGAUUGGAUACACAUCAAAGUAGAUCAAGCAUCAGGGGAGUUUGGUCUUCACUAUUACAACUUAAAUGACGAAUAA